AGCAGAAGUGAAAAAUUGAAGAACAUAGUCAAAAUUGAUCUCUGAAUUUCAGUUUCUGCACUUGAAUCAAAAAUUGAGGAGAAGAAAGCAAUGAUGGGAGGAUCACCAAUUUCAUCCAAUCCCAAAUACCCAAUCCCCAUUUUCGGAAUUGGUCCCACACCAAUCAACCGCCUCUUAACCACCACCUCCGCCGCCGCCGUUAGCGACGCCCUCCGCCGCCGCCUUCAACUCGACUUCCUCCUCCGCUCCUCCCUCGAGCGUAUUUCUCGUCUUGGUGAUGUGCCUCGUUUGAAGGAUAUUAUGUGUCGCGAAAGGGCCCUUCGGUUUACAGGUUUUAACUGCUUUCGAUUGUCGUCCAAUGCUUUGUCCGCUGCAUUGAUGAGCUUAAGUUUCUUCAAUGGAAACGAAAGUCAAAAUAGUUCACGAGAUUUCGGGAAGCCACAGUCAAGAUCUUCUAGAAGAAACUUAUUCGACGGAAGGCAAUGGACCAAUGUACUUCUUGUUGCCAAUGUCUUAGUCUAUAUAGCACAAUCGGCCUCAGAUGGCAAGCUUUUAUUUUGGGGCGCCAAGAUUAAUAGUCUAAUUAGUAAAGGGCAGUUGUGGAGGCUAGCUACAUCUUCGUUUCUGCAUGCGAAUAUUGGACAUCUGCUGGUGAAUUGCUAUUCAUUGAACUCAAUCGGUCCUGCUGUCGAGAAUGUAUGUGGUCCUAAAAGAUAUCUUGCAAUAUACAUGACCUCUGCAAUUGCAAGUGCGGCGAUGAGUUAUCGGUUUUGCCAAGCACCAGCAGUUGGCGCAUCGGGAGCUAUUUUUGGAUUGGUUGGAUCGUUUGCUAUUUUUGCGCUGAGGCACAGGGGAAUGGUCAAAGGCACUGAGAGCGGUUUGAAACAUAUUGCUCAAGUGAUUGUUCUGAACAUGGCUAUUGGGCUGCUAUCUCAAGGCAUCGAUAAUUGGGGACAUGUCGGAGGAUUGAUAGGCGGAGCUGCAGUGUCGUGGCUUCUUGGUCCUGCAUGGGAAGUAGGGCCCAUUUCCCUUAGCGGGAGAAGAACAUUAACCGAUAAGGCGCCAAUUUUUUCUCUCAUCAAAAGACAUGAUCCCAAGUAAAUAUAGCAGAUGAUGCAUCUCUUCAGAUUCACUUGUGCAUAGAUUGAUGUCUACACUAAUACCCCCACUCGUUUAGCAAUACAAUCGAUGUAUUCUGGCUACGUAUUUCAUUUGUAAGCCGUUUUAAUGAUAAACGGCGUUAACAAAAUUUCUGAUCAAAGCUGAUGAAUAAAAUAAACUAUAAUCAAGUAAUUAAGUAAAUGAACUUGUAUAUUGAUUUGUUGAGAAAUUGUGUUGAGCCUUCAAUUUUAUCUUAGU